AUCGGGAGGAUGUGUGUGGGGAACCGUCACGGCCUGAUUGUGCCCAGCAGCGCGACGGACCAGGAGCUGCAGCACAUCAGGAACAGUCUGCCGGACGCCGUGCGCGUGCAGCGGGUCGAGGAGAGGCUGUCGGCGCUGGGGAACGUCAUCGCCUGCAACGACUACGUGGCUCUGGUCCAUCCUGACCUCGACCGGGUGAGACUCAACAUUACACCGCCGUGUUCUUCAUCAGUUACAUAUGAACACAUCUCAUCGGUUUGCUGCCGAGCGAAGUCUUGAUGCAGCUAAAUGUUC